AGGAAGGAAGGAAGGAAGGAAGGAAAGAGGGGGCGGCGAAAGCAGAGCUCUGAUGCAGGCAGUGAAUCACAUGAGCAGAGAUCUGUUUACAAACCGAGAGCUGCAGAUGAGAAGUGGAGAAGAGAGACGAGGGAGGAGAGUGAACGUGAGAGGAGCCUGGAUCAGAAUUAAGAUUAGCGCUGUUGUCUUCCUGUGUUACCGACGCUGCGCCGCGGGUUCUGCGUAUGGAGCAGGGAGGCAGAUGGAGGCGCUGCCAUCGACUUUCCACGGGAGAACCUGCCCGGAUAACAGGGAAAUCCAUCCGUGUCGUUUUCCUUUGUCUCUCCACAGCAGGAAAUCGAGGCCAUUGAUAAAAAGAGUGACACAAGAAUAUAACAGUGACUUGGGAUUGCAUCCGUGACUCCACGUAGGUUUCUUUGUCGUCCACUGAAGAUACAAAGGCGGAUCUGACAGUCGAUGGGAGUGUUUAGUGGACGUCUCCUUCGUGUUUUAGACGAAGUAAACCUGUUUUUAGUUACCAAACCCAGAGAACUUGUUGAGAAACCCAAAACUUUUCCCGGCUGAGUGCCGGUCAACCCUUCACAUGUUAUUGGAUGCAUCCGGUUCACUGGUGUUACGGGUGUCUGUGUGAUUUUGAACUGCAGGACUUCGUCCCUGACUGCAAGAUGACAAGCGAAAGUCUCUUUAACCUGCCGCUUAAUACUUACAUCAUCCUCCUGGGCAUCGGCCUCUUCAUCCUCAUGCUCAGCCUCAUCUACUGCUGCUACUUGUUCAGACUAAGAAGACAAGGUACAAGAGACAAUUAUGGCUACAAUGAGGUAGUUCUAAAAGGAGCGGGAAAGAAACUGAGUCUUCUUGGUCAAACGUGUGCAGUAUGUUUGGAAGAGUUUCGCAGCAGGGAUGAGCUUGGAGUGUGUCCGUGUUCCCACGCUUUUCAUAAGAAAUGUCUGCUGAAAUGGUUAGAAAUCCGAAAUGUGUGUCCGAUGUGUAACAAGUCAGUUUGUCGAAUCCAGCAUGAGCCCCAACAAACACCUGAGCAGCCACAGAGUCUCUCGGAAGUCUGAUAAAGGAGCCCUACGCAGCAAUGCAGAGCACUCUCCGUUCAGCUGAACUCUCUUUAGUUUUUUUUUCUUUUUAAAAAUAGAAAUAUUUUUUUGAGGCAGAGUUACUCUUGCAGAAAUUUUAAAAUAAACAUUGUUGUGAUCAGAAGAACAUUUUUGGAAAAAUGUAUGAAGGGGACACUUAGACACAAGGUAAUGGUAACAACAUCUUAACGUGGGGUUUGUAAAUCAAAGUAAGAACGCUUAAUGUUGAAUAUCUUGUGCUCAAGUUGGUUGAAAGUCAACUUCAGGUUGUGAGUUGAAAUAUACUUUUUUUUCUCAUUUUCCAGACUGAUUGGUAACAUCAUAAUAUCCUUGAUUUUGUGCAAACAAAAACUGACAGUGGUGCAACGAAAAGACACUGCUUUGUGUACAAGGCAGCCAUAUUGAUUAAAACUUUCCAGUAAGCUAGCUGAGAAAGUUCUUGUGACUUUGAACUCAACUUGAAUGCUAACAUUCUCAGUACAUAGGCUCAUGCUAAUGCUAAGUGCCUUAAAGUCAUGUAAGCAUGUAUUAAUAAGUUUUAGCAUUAUAUUCCAACCUGUUCAGUGCCAGCAGAGAAGUGAAGUGACCUAACCAAGACGUAGACUAUGUAUUCAGGGUUAGCGGUAGCAAAAAAAAAAAAGUGACAUACAGUGGACCCCUGUUUGAUUUUUCUGAAGAACUUUGCCUCCAAAUUAUUUACGUAAACUCUACUCAUUAAUUUGGAAGCUGACAAAGCUAGACGCAAUGCUACGUGCCACACUAUUGGCUGGUGUUUGGGAAACAUUUUUGGAACAGAACUACCCUCUUUCAUACAUUAAAAAAAUGCCACUCACAAAAUGGCAGUGAAAAAACUGACAGUGGUGCAGGAUCCAUUUUCAAGCAGCAUCCACUCUUCCAAUGCUUAUAGGUGACUUCCUCUGACUUUAAAACGGUUUGGAUCAGUUAGAAAUUGUGCUAUCAAGUUGUGAAUGUUCCCAGAUGAUGUUUUGUAGUGAAAUUGAUCAUUUCUGCCUCCAGUUCUGCCUCAGAGAAAUGUUUUCAUGUCAAAUGCUCCCCAUAGACUCCCCACCUUGUGAAAAUGGUGUCUUUUUUUCUCUUUUUUUUAUUAACAAGACUUUAAUCAAAUGAAGACUUGGGAAAAAGCAGGGAUGGGGGGAUUAAGCCCACUAUACACCAACACAGAAAGAAUCAGAACUCUGUUUUGAUCCAUGUUCUCUCAAAACUGAAAUUAAGGUUUCCACAGGUUCUCUUAAAUAAGAAGAAAAUCCACACUGUUUUUUUUUUAAUUUACAAAACAUGGCAAUUACAAACUAACCAGCCUAUUAUAUCAAAAUAACAAAGAAUAUGAGCUCUGUUAAGAAAGCUACUUUGGGAAAAAGAAGCUCAAAAUAAAUAAAUUAAUAUCACGUUCAUGAUGGGCUUAAGCUCGUCCCCAUGUGACUUUUUAAAGUUGUAACUAAAUUGUUUGUAUUAUCAAUAAAACCUGGAUUGUGUCAGUGAUGAUAAACAUUUUUAAUGUAUUUCUCGAAUCUUGGAUUUGUGAUACCU